AUGGCGGGCUACGACCAGCAGCAAUCGUCCGGUUCCUCCCGCUACGCCCACCACCACUUCUUUUCCCACCCUCCAAACCCUAGCUCAGAGAUGGAGGAGGAGCCCUCCGCCCAAGGAUCCCCGCCGGAAAAGGACCCCGACCCGACCGCCACCACCAGCUCCGGCGGCACCCCGUCCGGCAGCCGCCGCCCCCGCGGCCGUCCCCCGGGCUCCAAGAACAAGCCCAAGCCCCCCGUGGUCGUCACGCGCGACAGCCCCAACGCCCUCCGCUCCCACGUCCUCGAGGUCACCCCCGGGAGCGACGUCGCCGAGGCCGUCGCUGCCUACGCCCGCCGGAGAGGGCGCGGCGUCUGCGUCCUCAGCGGCGGCGGCACCGUCGCCGACGUCACACUCCGCCAGCCCGCCGGGAGCGCCGUCACCCUGCACGGCCGCUUCGAGAUACUCUCCCUCACGGGGACGGUCCUGCCGCCACCGGCUCCGCCUGGGGCCGGCGGGCUUUCCAUAUUCCUGUCGGGAGGGCAGGGGCAGGUAGUUGGGGGAGGCGUGGUGGGCCCUCUGGUGGCUUCUGGGCCGGUCUUCCUCAUGGCGGCCUCCUUUGCAAACGCCGUUUUCGAGCGGCUGCCGCUGGAAGAAGAGGAGGAGGCUGCGGGAACUCAGCCGCCACAGCCGAGCGCGUCACAGUCGUCUGGCGUCACUGCCGGAGGCGGAGGACGGGCCAGUGGAGAUGGCGGCGGCUCGUUUUUCAGCCCGGGCCCGGCGAGCACAACAUCUCCGCCGCCAACGGGGAUUUAUCCAUUUCCUGCAGAAUUGUUCGGAUGGGGGAGUGGAAGUUCUGCAAGGCCACCUUUCUGA